GUAUCAUAUAUUAGAAAAAAGUGUCUUUGGAAUAGUUCAUAAUUAUUUGGAGCUACUAAGUAAAAAAUUGUAAAAAAGCGCACAUUCAGAGCGUUUGCACAAACACCGACAAAUCCGGGGCCGGCAACCGGCACCAUUUGCUGUCCAAUUUAGCGCAUCAGAGUAUGUGUGAAGGAGGUAAUUUAUUUUUAUUGCAAUCGAUACCAGUACCGGCAGCACCAGCACCGGCUCCGGUUUUACCGGUGUACGUGCAAACGCUCGAGGACAGUAAAAAAUCGAUUAAAUCACCCUGGCUACGCUUCAAUAUCCUAUUUGUUUGUAUUUCCCACAAUUUAACCUAUACUUUCCCAUGUUGUUCUUUUAAUAUUUCAAUAUAACCGAAUAUACAAAUGGAUAAACAAGUUAGGCCAGUAUUUACACUGGAAUUAGGUUAUAAAAUAGUACCAGCACUUGUGACAAUCGGUAAAUAUGACGGAACGCAUCCGUGUAUUACCGCAGCUACUAACACAGACAAGAUAUUAAUACACAGUCCUCACAGAAAAAAUGCACCAAGUAUUGGUAAAAUUGUUUGGUCAGAAUCUAAUAAGGAAAUAGCAACUCUAAACAUUAACCAAAAUAUUACAGCUCUAGUAUCAGGACAACUUAUUCCAAAUGAAGAGAACGACGUUCUAAUAAUUGGUACUGCUUCACAUUUACUAGUGUACCACGUUCACGAUAACAAAGACAUUUUCUAUAAAGAAUGCGAAGAUGGAGUUAAAUCCGUUGCUCUUGGUCAAUUCAGGACAUACAAGACUCCUGUAAUUAUGGUGGGAGGGAAUUCCUCAGUUCAUGGUUACGACCACAAGGGUGACGAGAUAUUCUGGGUAGCCAUUGGUGAUAUGGUGACCUCAAUAAUGUUAAUGGAUUACAACAAAGACGGGAAUAAUGAGCUUAUAGUUUGUUCUGAAGACUUUAACAUCAGGAUCUACAAGGGGGACCAAAUUCUCGCAGAACACAAUGAAACAGAGGUGGUUACUGGAUUGAUUUCACUCACAGAGAACAGAUUUGGAUACUCGGUAUCAAAUGGUACUGUUGGAGUAUAUGAGAACAGUCUAAGGCUAUGGAGAAUUAAAUCUAAGAAUUUUGCUGUAACUAUGCAUCAGUACGAUUUACUAGGAUACAACACACCGCAGCUUCUCACAGGCUGGUCUAAUGGUAAAAUUGACUGCAGAAUACCAAAAACUGGCGAAGUGGUAUUCAAAGAUUCCAUGGGAGCUGGGGUAGCAGGAAUAGUGGAGGGUGACUACAGAUCUAUAGGCAAAAACGAUUUGAUAUGUAUUUCAGUAGAUGGUGAAGUUAGAGGUUAUACUACCACGAAAAUCGUAUCAAGUGGAGGUAGUUCUAACGUUGAACAAGAUACCAUUAGAGAUUUACUGUCUCAGAAACAGGCGCUACUAAUGGAGCUCAAACACUACGAGAGCAACAUAAAAUAUAAUUUUAACUCUGGAAAUCAAACUGAUAGCUUUGAAGACAGUGGAGUUAUUCCGUCCAAUACAAGGCUACAGAUUAUCGUUAAUACUAACUUGGAAGAUAAACAUCAAAAACCACACGUUGAAGUAUACAUAAGCACCAACAAUGCAACUAUCAUUAAGGCAGUGAUUAUUUUUGCCGAAGGCAUAUUCAAAGGGGAGAGUCAUGUUGUUCAUCCAGAAACAUCAAAACUAUCAUCAGAUAUGUCAAUACCUUUGUAUUUACCGCGAGAUAACGCUGUCGACAUCCACAUUAAGGCUCUGAUAGGAUACCCUAACAGUGUACAGUUUCAUGUAUUUGAAAUAACCAAACAAUUACCAUGUUUCUCCAUGUACUAUUUAAAGAAAACUCCAGGAAAAACUAGGCCAGAAGGAUACCUACAAUUUAAAAUUAAUGAAAGAUUACAAAGGAUAUGCAUGUGGAUCAAUCAAAACUUCUUGUUUUCAUCCGAUAUAGAAUUCGAAUCCGGUCCAAACUUAGUAUUGGAUAUAAAAUGUUUAAGAGACGAAACAGACUUAAUGCUGGUGUUUGAAAUAUCUGGAAAAGUUACUUUUUACACCGACAAUAUGUUCUUAGCCGCUGAUUUGCUUCAGUCUCUAGCUGGUUAUCUUAAACUGGAAAGCUUAGAAUCUAGAGCCUCGUUUUUGCAAGAAGAAGAAAACCUGAAAAACCUAAUGCAGAAAUUGAGUGACAUUCAAGAAGCUAGACUGAAACUGGAUACGGAUGUUGCUGAUAGACUGAGUCACAUCAGAAACUUGGUAAUCAGAGCAGAAGACAGCAGAAUUAACGACAUUAAAGAGAUGAUUAACCAUUAUAAAGACUUGGAUGGUAUAAACAAAGAACUAAUAAGUGGAUACAACAUUAAAGUUCAUAAUUAUAAUGAAGGAAUUGAAACGAUGAAAAAAAUCAACAACAUCCUUCAAAAAGCGUCGAGGCUGAGAGUUGGACAAAAUUCGGCAGUUAUGAUCAACCAUUGCAGGACAGCUAUCAAAAAUAAUAACAUUGAAGGCUUAAUGAAAAUUAUUCGUACAGGAGAACUGUAAUAAGUAGAUAUAAAAAUAUAAUAUUAAAAAAAUCUUAUUUUUUGUAUUUUUUUUUUGUCAAAUUGAAUUUAGUAGUUAGAUGUACUGGAUUUAUAUUGUAAAUUUAUUUUAUAUACAAAACUAUUUUGAAUACAUAUUACAGUUAUAUGUUAUUAAAUUAUCUAUGUACUAAUGAAAUAAAAUUUUUAAAUUAAAAAUACACAAUGUAUAAUGCUGAAAGAAAAAAACUGUUCAGCAAUAAUAUAAUUUAAAAAAUCUAUUAAAAAUAUCUGAUGAAUACGCAUUAUUUAUAUACCGCUGCACACUAUAAGUGUAUCCUUAUUUCCGUCGAAAAUCAAUACAUAAUACAUAUAAUAAAAAAUAAAAAUAAAUAAAUGUACUCGAAUUAUCAACAGUGCGCUUCUCAUCUGAACACAAUUCUGUAUGGCAGUUAAAA